UCGGUUUUCCUAGCGGUCGGUUGAAAAUAAGUGCCUGGAAAUUGUUGAUUCUCAGAGUGUCUGAUGGAGCUUUGACGAAAGUGUUGUUGUAGAUAAUAUACCUAGGUGAAAUACACUUACUGGAUCGACGGGUGUAACGGUUUAGAUUUUACUGUGGAUUUGGACAGCUGUUGCUUUGUGAAAUUUUUUCGUGCUUCCCUUGAUCUCUGAACUCGACUUGUUUGUUAUUUCCUACGCGUGGGCAUUGUCUUCCAUGUUUAUCGAUUCCAAACCCUAUGUUAAAUUUUCAUCCGAUCUUCGAGAUGAAAAUCGGUGUAGUUGGGUAUAUCAGUUGCGUCAGUGAUUCGUCUAAUUUUAGUGUGAGAGUUGCAGCAGAGCAAUGAACACGGUUUAUAUUUAGCGGCUUGAGUAAAGAAACCUUCCGAUUGUUCAAAUUCUCCGCCCCCUACGACAGCUUUUCUCAGAGGCUUGCGAAAUUGCAUAAUUUGGCAGCGCAAGCUCCCGCGUCAGACAUCCUUCGACGCGAACAUCCGAUUCGUUUCGAUUGUUCCUCCGAUCUUCACGAAAAAGCCUCAUCUGCAACAGAAUGCCGCAUCGUCGUUUAAGAAAAAAAGAAAAGGCUCUCGCGGGAGGAGCUUUAAAAAGACAUCGCGGUCGCGCUCUCGCGUCGGCCCCAUUGCUUUUCCCCCCGAGAGACUAUUUUUGCGAGAGAGCGCCGGGUAUAUCGGCUUCCCCAGUUUUCCCGACACCGGAGCCGCGUCGCGCGAAUGCGUUGGCGUCCAGGCAACGAGCAUGACUUGGAAUGGCUGUGGAGCCGCGUUCGGCUCGCCCAAUUCUAUACUUAGAGACCCGCUGGCCGAUCGGCUCCCGUUCUUCGUUAUAAAUAUAAAAGUAGCGCGUGCGGAGUGGGUGAAGCUCUCGCUUGCUCUCUCCCUCUCUUUCGCUGGCUAGCACAUUUUUGUUAGCUGGAAGGCGAGCUUUUCGAUUGAUAUACCGAUGCUGAUCUAACGGUGUUGAGACUUUGUUUGAAAAUCGGUAGCAGCUUCUAACCAACAAACUUCAACAUGGCUGACGAUGAGGAAAAGAAGAGGAAGCAGGCUGAGACUGACAGGAAAAGGGCCGAAGUCCGUGCCCGUCUCGAAGAGGCGAGUAAGGCCAAGAAGGCAAAGAAGGGUUUCAUGACACCUGACCGCAAGAAGAAGCUCAGGCUCUUGUUGCGUAAGAAAGCCGCAGAGGAAUUGAAGAAGGAGCAGGAAAGGAAAGCUGCCGAGAGGAGGCGCAUCAUCGAAGAGCGAUGCGGAAAGCCCAAGAACGUUGACGACGUUAAUGAAGCCGAAUUGAAGCGGAUUUGUGCGCAGUAUCAUGAGCGCGUCUACAUUUGUGAGGGUCAGAAGUGGGAUUUGGAGCGUGAAGUUCGGAAAAGAGACUACGAGAUCGCAGAUUUGAACAGCCAGGUUAACGACCUCCGAGGCAAAUUCAUGAAGCCAACACUGAAGAAGGUCUCCAAGUACGAGAACAAAUUUGCUAAGCUUCAAAAGAAGGCAGCCGAAUUCAACUUCCGUAACCAACUCAAGCAAGUUAAGAAGAAGGAAUUCACCCUGGAGGAGGAAGACAAAGAGAAUGCUGCGAAAGAUAAGAAGAAACCCGAAUGGUCGAAGAAGGGAGAAGAAAAGAAGGUAAAAGAAGAAGAGGCUGCAGUUGAAGCAUGAGAAUUGGGAUUCCGAUAAUAAUACACGUUCAUAUUGUACACCGACCUAUCCAAUAAUCUCAACGAUGGACCUACAGUCACUUUUUUUUUAUUACUGCACGACAUUACCCUUUCCUUUACUGUUUCAAAUAUGUUAAAAUACAUUUUACUUUUUAAGAUAUUCCAAAAUACAAAACUUUACACAUACACGAUACACAUUAACUUUACAACCUACCACUAUCCUUCUUAACUGUUAUACCUAUGUGGAUGGUUUUAAAAAUGUUUAUAACAUUUUUAUACGUGAAUUUUUCCUGUAUUUAUUAUAUACCUAAAUUUUGAUUUUCAAAGAAUAAAUUUUCCUCAAUCUUUAAUAUUUCCAUAAAAAAAAUGUAAAUCCUUUAAUGCAAGUUCCUGCGAAUGAUAAUCAAAUGGAUUAAAGAUAAUAGUUUGACGAAUUUUAAACCUGCUUGCAAUUUUCUGAAGGGUAUACCUAUGAGAGGGAUUAUUUAAGUUUUAUUGUAAAAAAAAAAUUAAUGAAUAAUGCUUUGUGUAAAUGUUGUUAUCA